GGACGCCGACCCAAAACCAAGGGGCUCAGUGGUAAUACUCUCAUUCAGUGAGCCUACCUAGCGACAAGGCUGGACUUCCUCUAUAACUUCAGAUUCACAGACCUGUCAUACCAUACAGCCAGCCUAAGGCAGAUCGAGAGAAUGCUCGCGACGCCAGGCUCAUCUCACCUGCACAAUCCCGCUUCGAGUUCUAGCCACAGAAACCGAGGCGGAAGCACAGCGGCGGCGACACCCAGCCGAUCAGGAACACCCCCCCUCCCACAAUAUGAGCCGCCUAUAGCCCCUCUCACCGACACAGGCCGACAAGCGCUCCUUGCCCUCCUCCGCGCGCAGAACUUGCGACAACUCAAAACUCAUAUUGGGCACGUCGAGACCAAACUUACGGAUGCUGCGGGCGAGGUUAAUGAGCGGUUGACGGAUGCGAAGGUUCGGGCCAAAAAGAGAGCGGAGAGGGAGAAGGAGAAGGGUAAAGAGGCUAGCCGGUUUACUACGGGGAAUGAGGAUGGCGAUGGCGGUGAAAAUAGUGUCGGGGAGGAGGCGGAUGAAGCGGCGGAGCUGAGGGAGUUAGAGGAGAGUGUUGAGGCUGUUACAAGGCGGUUGGACAAGAAUAUGCGGAGGGCGAUUGAUUCGGCAGUUAGGGUUGAUGGGUUGGGAGAGGUGCUUGGGAAAUUGCAGGUCGAGACGGAGACGAGUGCAAAUGCGAGCAGUCAACGUCAGAGACAGAGGCGGCGGAGACGUGCUGAGGUAGAAGAGGAAGACGAAGAGGAAGACGACUUGUAUGAGGCUACGCCUGAGCCGGAGGUGGAUGGGGAGGUGCUGUCGUUGAGAGAAAAGCUUGAGAGGGCAAUGGCUGAAGAUCAAGCUAAAUGGAACGAGAUGACACUGACGGAGCGCUACUCCAAACACAACGACUACGUCGGCUUCUACCGCAUCAUCCAUGAAGCCAAAAACCCAGGCGAAGACAUGCCCCCGCUUCCGCACGCCUCUACCUGGUUCGCGCAUCUCGAAGAACCCAACAUUUCUUCAGGAUCAUCCAGCGAUGCCGCUCCUUCACGAAAUACCCGCCGAAUGCCUCGCAACCCCUCUCCGGCCUCUGAUUCAGAUGACCUCGCCAUUGAACGCGAGCGCAUCUCUCUCAGAUGUCCUCUUACCCUCGUUCCCUUCCGUGACCCAGUUACUAGCACAAAAUGCCCGCACAGCUUCGAACGGGAAGCCAUAACCUCCAUGAUUGACCAGAGCGCCAUGACCGUCCCAGCCGCAGCGUCAAGAUCUGGCCGCGGCGGCCGUCGUAUCCGCGCCGUGCAGUGCCCCGUUUGUUCAGAAGUGUUGACGAACAAUGACCUCCGCGAGGAUCCCGUGCUGCUCCGGCGCGUACGUCGUGAUGAGGCGCGACGAAGACGGGAGCUUGAGGAGGAGGAAGAGGCGGAGCUUGUUCUUUCAGGACGAAAGAAGAUUCGGCAAAGUGGGAUUACGCUUGGGAGUGAUGAUGAGGAUGAUGGUGGUGAAAGUGAAAGCUGUAACAGAGCUAUAAUGCACAUUGACCAAGUCCGGAUCAAACAAGAGAGGGCAAGAUCGCGUGGUGUUACUGAGGUUGAGAAUCAUGAGCAGGAGGAGCAAACUACAGCGACGGAGAGCGAAACACAGGAUUAG